GUCAAGGUCACGUAGGUGGUGGGGGCUUGCACCUUCGCCUCCCAGCUCCAUCCAGUUCGUGUUUGCUCUGAGGACGGUACCGGGUCAGGGGUGGUGAGAGCGGGCGGGCAGGUGGACAGGGACCCCGUGCCCUUCCCUGUCUGCUGAACGGAAUGCGUGGACCUUCGGGGGAGCCCAGAGUGCCUCCCUUCACACCAAUGAGACGCGAUUUGGGGUUGAUAUUCUCCUGUGGUUGUUACAAGCUCUCUAAGGCAUAGUUGCACUUACUGCCUUACAGCUGCGCAGCUGCCGCACCGUUCAGGUGUCCCUGGCCAGUGUCCUUCCACCUGUCCACAAGCAUGGGGAACAUCUUCGCCAACCUCUUCAAGGGCCUUUUUGGCAAAAAAGAAAUGCGCAUCCUCAUGGUGGGCUUGGAUGCUGCAGGGAAGACCACGAUCCUGUACAAGCUUAAGCUGGGUGAGAUCGUGACCACCAUUCCCACCAUAGGCUUCAACGUGGAAACUGUGGAGUACAAGAACAUCAGCUUCACUGUGUGGGACGUGGGUGGCCAGGACAAGAUCCGGCCCCUGUGGCGCCACUACUUCCAGAACACACAAGGCCUGAUCUUCGUGGUGGACAGCAAUGACAGAGAGCGCGUGAACGAGGCCCGUGAGGAGCUCAUGAGGAUGCUGGCCGAGGACGAGCUCCGGGAUGCUGUCCUCCUGGUGUUCGCCAACAAGCAGGACCUCCCCAACGCCAUGAAUGCGGCUGAGAUCACAGACAAGCUGGGGCUGCACUCCCUACGCCACAGGAACUGGUACAUUCAGGCCACCUGCGCCACCAGCGGCGACGGGCUCUAUGAAGGACUGGACUGGCUGUCCAAUCAGCUCCGGAACCAGAAGUGAACGCGACCCCCUCCCUCUCACUCCUCUUGCCCUCUGCUUUACUCUCGUGGCAAACGUGCGGCUCGUGGUGUGAGUGCCAGAAGCUGCCUCCGUGGUUUGGUCACCGUGUGCAUCGCACCGUGCUGUAAAUGUGGCAGACGCAGCCUGCGGCCAGGCUUUUUAUUUAAUGUAAAUAGUUUUUGUUUCCAAUGAGGCAGUUUCUGGUACUCCUAUGCAAUAUUACUCAGCUUUUUUUAUUGUAAAAAGAAAAAUCAACUCACUGUUCAGUGCUGAGAGGGGAUGUAGGCCCAUGGGCACCUGGCCUCCAGGAGUCACUGUGUUGGGAGAGCCGGGCACGCCCUUGGCUUUAGAGCUGUGUUGAAAUCCAUUUUGGUGGUUGGUUUUUAACCCAAACUCAGUGCAUUUUUUAAAAUAGUUAAGAAUCCAAGUCGAGAACACUUGAACACACAGAAGGGAGACCCCGCCUACCAUAGAUUUGCAGUUAUGGCCUGGAUGCCAGUCGCCAGCCCAGCUGUUCCUUUCGGGAACAUGAGGUGGUGGUGGCGCAGCAGACCGCGAUCAAUUCUGCAUGGUCACAGUAGAGAUCCCCGCAACUCGCUUGUCCUUGGGUCACCCUGCAUUCCAUAGCCAUGUGCUUGUCCCUGUGCUCCCACGGUUCCCAGGGGCCAGGCUGGGAGCCCACAGCCACCCCAUUCUCCCGCAGGCCGCCCCACCCACCUUCAGGCAGCCUAUGGGACGCAGGGCCCCAUCUGUCCCUCGGUCACCGUGUGGCCAGAGUGGGUCCGUCGUCCCCAACACUCGUGCUCGCUCAGACACUUUGGCAGGAUGUCUGGGGCCUCACCAGCAGGAGCGCGUGCAAGCCGGGCAGGCGGUCCACCUAGACCCACAACCCCUCGGGAGCACCCCACCUCUGUGUGUGAUGUAGCUUUCUCUCCCUCAGCCUGCAAGGGUCCGAUUUGCCAUCGAAAAAGACAACCUCUACUUUUUUCUUUUGUAUUUUGAUAAACACUGAAGAAGCUGGAGCUGUUAAAUUUAUCUUGGGGAAACCUCAGAACUGGUCUAUUUGGUGUCGUGGAACCUCUUACUGCUUUCAAUACACGAUUAGUAAUCAACUGUUUUGUAUACUUGUUUUCAGUUUUCAUUUCGACAAACAAGCACUGUAAUUAUAGCUAUUAGAAUAAAAUCUCUUAACUAUU